AUGGUUGAACCGGUGAUUCAGUCUCCCACCACUGCAAGUGCAAGUGCCAAUGCUAUUAGUAACUUGGACUUUAGCAAUAUUGCAGUACCCGGUACGAGCACAGGUCCUAGUGGACAGCGUUUAGGUUCGAGCUCAAGUGCCAGUGGCAGUGGAUAUCGUUUAGGAGUUCCACAGGGUUUGGUGGAUUUUUCCGAUGCAGAUGAAGCCAAUGUUAACUACGAUGAUGAUCCAGCACAGGUACGUCAAAUGUUUCUCUCAAACCCAGAGUCUUUGGCUCUGUUAAAACAAAACAAUCCUCGUCUUGCCGAUGCUCUCCUUUCGGGAGAUCUUGAAACUUUUACAAUAGUUCUUCAUGAACAGAUCGAGCUCCGUAAGCAAAGAAAUGCAUUGCGUCUACGUAUGUUGCGUGCUGAUCCAUUUGAUACUGAAGCCCAACGUUUAAUUGAAGAGGAAAUCAAGCAGAAGAAUAUACAAGAGAACAUGGCUGCUGCUAUUGAGUAUAAUCCCGAAAUAUUUGGUACUGUUUCUAUGCUUUAUAUCAAUUGUAAAGUUAAUGGAGUGCCAGUUAAAGCAUUUGUAGAUUCUGGCGCACAAACAACUAUAAUGAGUGCUGGUUGCGCUGAGCGCUGUAAUGUUAAUCAUUUGGUUGAUAAAAGAAGAUACUACUAUUUAAAUAUGUUAUAA